AUGAAUAAGACUAUCAAUACCAGAAAGUUUGCCCGGAUACUUAGAGAUGAUCUUUUUGAUAUACUGAAUAGCUUCACUGAGAAUAGUAUGACACAAAUUCUGAUUCUUCAGAAGAAUGUAUUAGAACUUCUAAACUACCUCUGCACAUUUAGCCAACUGAUCAAUUCGACAGAAGUUUCUCAGAUAAUACUUUGUGAUGAAAAUUGCGAAGCGAAGCUAGAAGAAUUGCGAGCACAAAAUGACCUACAGUUGAUUUUCUUGGUGGAUGUCAAAUCGGACCUUCGAAUACCGCAAAAAAUAGUAGACAUCAUCGAUAGUCAAAGGGAGGAUCAUUGCAAAAUCAUUUACUCAUCUUGGGACCAGGAGCCAUCUGAUAGAGCAGGAGGACUGCAAAACUAUAUACACUUGCAAUUGAAAAAUCAAGUGAAGAUACACCCUUGGAAAUUUCUUCCAGUUUGUUUAGUGGAUGACAACUUACUAGAUUGUAACUUUUUGCGAAACAGUGAAGGAGAAAGCUUAUAUGCACCGAAAUUAAGAUCCAUGCAGGAAGCAUGUAGGUCACUUCUUAUAGAGAAUCUCUCCAUAACGUUGCAAUCAGUCCUUAAACAAGCGGACGUUAUGAUUACACAUGCAUUAUCCGUGGGACCCAACUCUCAUAAGCUGGUGGACCAUUUGAAAAAGUCACUUAACGGUCAAAAAAGUGCCGAAGAUAUAUUUAUCGAAGAUGCUCUAUAUGGAAAUAGGCACUCUGGCAAACAAUGCAAUUUAAUUGUCCUUGAAAGAGAAAUCGAUCAGUUGACACCAAUGCUUUCGCAGUUAACAUAUGCCGGCAUUCUAGAUGAUCUAUAUGAGUUACGUGGAAACAAACUUGUCGAAGAACCAUCGUUGGCUGAUGUAGAAGUUGGAUCAAUUGAUUACACACGGGAUGACGUGUGGGAUGAACUCAAGUUUCAAAAUUUUGGUGCAUUAGGGCCGCGAUUAAAUGAAAUGGCUCGAGAACUGCAAGUAAAAUACGAUGCUAGACACCAGGCUGAAAGUGUGGGUGAGAUCAAGGAAUUUGUAGAAAGCUUGGGAGGAUUACAAGAACAGCAAAAACUUUUGAAAUUGCACACAGCUCUCUCUUCAAAAGUGGUUAGUGAGGUUACAGGGCCUGAAGAGGAUGAUGAAGAGUCUUUAUUCAAUCGGAUAAUGGAAUUGGAGCAGGACCUCAUAUUGGGCAACCUUGGGCACAGAGCAGGUUGUGAUAGAAUACUGGAACUACUACACGAAUUUGAGGCUCCUCGACAUGUGGUUCUGCGGUUGUGUUGCAUUUUUUCGCUGAGCAAGAACGGAAUACGAGAACGUGAGUUUCAAAUCCUCAAGACGGAGCUGAUAGAUUCAUGGGGUACUGCGGUACUUUUCGAGCUGGAGGAUCUUACUCGUGCGGGCGUUUUCCUUAGUAAAGCUAAUUACGCAAAGUAUUCGAAAUGGCACGAUUUUCAGUCAUUGGCUAGUGCAUUGAGUCUGGUUCCGCAAUUGGAAGGAGAUGACGGUCCUGGCAAGCCAUUAGAUGCAAAUUUCGCAUAUUGCGGGGUGGUGCCGAUAACCACGAGAAUUGUACAGAUGCUAUACGAUCGUUGCGUGGCCAGCAAGAGUUACUCUCCGCAACAGCCGUUCAUCAUGUCUCGAACGCCCACUUGGCGGGGCAUGGAGGAGCUGUUCAAUCUACAAUACGGAGCAGGCAGUAUUCGAGAACAAGUGUGGGACCGGUCGCAAGCUGCCAAGACCAAAAUCAUCGGAGUGCCGGACGCGAGCGCGGCAGACCCUGUGUUUGUGGUUUUCAUUGGCGGGGCUACGUUGGGAGAAGUUGCAACACUGCAGUAUCUGGGACGUCAACUGCGUAGCAAGGGCGUGCACAAACGCUUUAUCAUACUGUGCGACGGGAUCGUGGGGGGCAAGAGGGUAGUAGCGUAG